UGUUCUGUUUUUGCCGCGUCCCAAAACAAGCGUAGACUGUAGACUUCCUGCCGCGAUGGACGUGACUGAGUAUGGGUAGCUGGUAUACUCCCAUUUUUGUAGGAUCAAAACGAUUUGUAUAAUCUAAUUUCGACAUAUUUAGUUCGCAACAUCGUCAAGUCGACGACGAUACGUGCAUCAUGAGCACUUACGCUUCUCCUUGGACAGAACGCGGGUCUGAUGGCUAUGCAACUCCGCGUAGACCCCAACGCCAAAAGAAAAGUUCCCCGUCAAGUCCACCACUGAACGGGGUAGCUUCACCGCACGUCCAGAAGAUGCGACAGAAAUUUGAGUUGCCCGAAGCACGGACACCAGCGAAGCAACUUCCAUGUAAGGGAAUAGCCAGGACAAGCGAGAGCGCACGGCGUGACGACAGUUGCCCAAGUAACCUGUAUAGUGAAGUCAGGAAAAAGCUGACUCCUGCUGGCUCCCACAACCGUCCUUCCGAUCAUCUCAAGGAUCCGGUGGUACCUGAUAAGGUGUGGAAGCGGAAUGCAAACUGCGUAAGCAGUUCGAGCCCAUCGAGUGUACGUGAAAGGGCGAAGAUUUACGAGACAGGCUUUCGGUUGCCUGCGAAUGAGUGUAGUGAUCGACGGACUAUGUCUGAAGAAAAACCUCCAAAGCCACCGGCACCGCUGAAGCCACCAAGGACAUUCGCACAUGACAUCUAUUCGAGAAAUAAGCUCGCAAAUGGAUCAAAUGGUCGUACGGCGCGCUAUGCACAGUUGUCUAGUCCAAAAGGUGUCGUUCCGAAGUGCGAGGCUCGGUCUUGGGUCUCGAAUGAGGUUGGACACGAGUACGACGAAGUUGAAGGGCCAUACGCGAAGCCCUUCGUCGAUCUAACGCAGACGACAGUGAGACCGGCGAGGUCUACAACAAACCUUCGAAGAAGUUUCAGUGAUGAACAUAUCUACGCAGAACCUGACAUGCUUCGGAAAGAAAACGGAAAUGUCUCAUCUAAAAAGGCAGAAAAGAAAAACCUACAUUAUAUGAGUACCCCAAUUGCUGGCUUGGCCGAAUACGGACAGCCCUCUGCAGCUUUCAAGGGAGACACAAAGAGGGCUCGGGCAUUUACGAGUCAGCAGAUACGAGACGUCAUUCACCAAUCAUUCUCGUCUGUGAAGAAGCACAUGCAGGGAACGGCGUCAAAGCCAGACGACCCAUGUGAUCCACAUGGUGAUAGCAGCAGUGAGGUAUCUGUGAAGGACGUCCAGCAGCGUUUGAUAUACGUUCGGUCAAUAAAAAAACGGGCGUAUGCGUGCUGUUCAAAUAGCGAUGGAGCUGCAAAGCCAAAGAUUCUGCAAAAUGCUCUCUUGGUUGGUUACGACAGGGUGAAUUCUAGGUUACCGUUGCAACCGGAGGUUUUCUAUAGGUUUCCAACAAAGUUGGACAACUUAGGGUUCGAUCCAGUUGUGAUUGCUCAUCUGUGCCUUCCAGUCCAACAUGGUUCUGUGCCUUCAGAGUCAAUGAAGAGCACUAUUUACUACUUUGGUUUAAGCAAGGAAAAUAGAGGGAUCAUGUUCUUCCACUGUUUGUACAUACCAAAUGCACAUGAGAUUUUGAGGCGGCGUAACAAGGGACCUGUUGUACUAUGUAUCGCGACCAGUGGUUGUGCUCCUGCAUUUUAUUGCAAGUUGUUACAUCACCUGGAAAAUCCUGUGCGCAGACUGUCAGAGGAAGGAUGGACAAUUCUAUUGAACAACCUUGCACAGCAGUCACUGCCUUCACCAGGAUGCAAGGCUGUAUACCAGAAACACUCUGUAGGCCAAGGCGAUGUCACCGUCGUUACAGAAAGACCACUUGACGACAGGUUUGAAUGGGCAAAGCUGACUCCACUGUUGGGUGUGCUGGAUAUUGACAUUCUUUUGCGAAUUGUUUCAACACUUCUUUCUGAGAAGCGAGUCAUGCUAGUCUGUGCCGAUUGCCAGCAGCUCUACCAGUGGGUGGAAGCUGUGGAAUCACUCCUGUACCCAUUCAAAUGGACCUUCACAAAGAUUCCAGUUGUUCCCAAGAGUCUGAUUAUCCAGUGUUCCUCUAUGGAGCCCUACUUGUUGGGCGUUCCUUCUUCACUUAUCCACACUGCAUUGGACAUCAUUAGCGGACCUGUAUUGGUAGUUGACCUGGACCAUGGGUCACUCCUGUCUGAUGGUGAAGAUGUCCAUACUGUUUUGCCCAACAAGCUGCAAAGGGCACUGUGCACUGCCCUGAGCCUUGCCAAAAAUAUGACAGAUCCGACAGAACGAGUUCGCGACAUGAUGAUAACGGAAGCCUUUGUGCGCAUGUUUGUUGAGAUACUGGGACACUGUGACUCGCACAUCUCUCUCCUUUCUAAUGGCACCUAUGCUUUCCAGAAAGAAGCAUUUAUGCGGAUGCCAUCCUCAAGAGGGGUUCAGAUGUUCCUUCAGUGGUUUGUGGAGACCCAGAUGUUUGAAUUAUUUCUUUCGGAACGUGCUCAAAGGGUGAGGCAGUUGCAGCGUACUCCACAUCACCACCUACUGCCGAAAGGUGUGUUCGAACGACGAGCAAAUGAAUACCAGUUAGACUGUGAGCAGUCUGGUAUGAGCUUAAAAGAGGUCAGCAAAAGGAUGAGGAAUUUCGGUGAAAAGCUGCGAAACCUAAAGAUGUUCCAGUGAACCAGCCAGACGAUGGGGGACACACAUUUCAUGGCUUCAUUACUUUAGGUUAUCAUUGUACUUUUACUACUAAAUACUGAUGUCUUGCUGCUUUUACUGAUGCUGGAAAUUAGUAGAGACCAAAUCUAAAGUACCUGCAUGUCCAUUAUCCCAUUUUAAAGUGUGUUUUAUGCUGAUUUAGUUUGAUUUCAAUUCAUAUCAUAGUUACAUGUUGACUCAUAGCAUGUGAUAUCUUCUAUCCUUUUUACCUUGUACAUAAUUUGGGGUAUUCUCAUUAUGCAUGUCAUUGCUUGUGGUAUAGCAUUAUACUUCUAGUGUUGUGAUUUUGAUGAGUACACGUCUAUCCGCAGAAGACAUUAUAGUGAAUCUGCUGAAGUUCUCUUCUGUCUGUAGAUGUACAUAUGUUUAUAAUGGGAUCAGUGAUGGUGAAAGACGGCAUUGCAAAUUUUUAUCUCGUAGCCUACCAAAAAUUUCAUGCAUGAUUAAAUGAACAUGCAUGUUUGCAUUUGUCUUUUUGUUUUUUUUCUUCAUCCAGAAAAUUCUAGCAUUGUUUUAGAUGCUACCACGCGUGCCUUAGCUAAAGUUUAAUGCAUGCAGAGUCGGCACAUGUGAGAAGCUGCUUGCAUAUACAUUUCCCUGAAGAAAUGUGUGAAUGUGUGAAAAAGGUUCUCUAUUUUUAUGUUUACACAGAGGAUGUCUAUUCUCGUUACCAUAUAUUUGCCUCUUACUAAGAUGAUCGAGUGAUAUUUCGUAAGCGCACUAAAAAAAUACUCCACAGUGUGGGCAGUAUACUUGGAGGGGGAGCAUCACAUCAACUAAUUUUGCACAUGACCAAUAUUUUCGUGGAAACCGGUGUGAUAUGUACUACACACUACCAUGACCAACAAAAGACUUUCUAUGGUGCCUCUAUAAUAUAUAUUGUUAAUUGAAGGUACCUCGCUUAACAUUCCAGUUCAAGUGGAUAUGAAUGCCAGAUUAAAUAAAACGAUGCUUUUGUUUCUUUUUAA